AUGGGCUCUUCAUCCCGUCCAUGGUACCGUAUUCGGUGGUUCGCUGACGAGGACACACCUGAGGAACGACGACUGAUCGUGAAACUUGACCUCCUCAUCGUCCCUUAUGCCUUCCUAGCUUACUGGGUGAAAUAUAUCGACCAGGCUAACAUCAAUAAUGCCUACGUCUCUGGAGUUAAAGAGGACCUCAACCUGCAGGGCAAUGAUUUGGUUCAGCUGCAAACCAUGUACACUGUUGGGGCCGUCGUGGGGCAGAUACCUUUUGUCUACCUAUUUACUAAACUGCCCAUUUCCUGGUUGAUUCCGAUCUUGGAUAUCGCGUGGGGUGUCUUCACAUUAUUGCAAUUCCGAGCAAGUUCCUUCGGCGAGCUAGCAGCUUAUCGAUUUCUUGUCGGAUGGUUUGAAGCCGCCUUCUUUCCCGGAAUGCACUACAUAUUCGGUGCCUGGUAUCGUGGGGAUGAAAUCGCCCGUCGGGGUGGCUGUUUCUAUGUCGGCCUCACACUGGGAACUCUCACAGCCAGUCUGAUCCAAUCCGGCGCAUCAGCCCGACUUGAUGGCGUGCAUGGUCUCGCCGGUUGGCGAUGGAUGUACAUUGUUUGCGCUAUCAUCACCAUCCCAAUCGGAAUUCUAGGUUUCUUCAUCCUGCCCGGCACCCCCGACAAGCCCAAUCGCAUGGUACUGCGGCGCAAAGACGUUGAUCUCGCAAAGUCGCGACUUGCCAGAGCCGGCCAUGGCUUCAAUCCUGGAUUCCAAUGGCGGGCUGUGAUUAACAUUGCUCGCAAUUGGAAGUUCUGGGCGAUGCUUCUGUUGGACGUCUUCUUCUGGAAUGGCUCUUUGAAUACCACUGCAGGUGGGUACUUGCUCUGGCUGAAAAGUCUGAAUAGGUUCUCAACAGCGCGGCUGAAUGAGCUGUCUGCUAUUUCACCCGCUCUCGGUAUGUUCUACACGUUGUUCAUCUGUUUUGCGUCAGAUCUCGUGCUGGGACCAGCCUGGGCCAUCACUGUCUCACAUCUCUGGAACAUCAUUGGUCUGGUCAUAUUAGUAGUUUGGAACGUUCCUGAGUCUGCUAAAUGGUUUGCCUUUCAAACGACCUAUGCAGCUGUGGCGAUGUCGAGUGUGCUAUACGGUUGGAUCAACAGUGAGUUGCGGGCAUCACCAGUGGAACGGUCGUUGGCGCUGGUUAUCACCAACACGAUUGCGCAGUCGACGACAGUGUGGACGCCGUUGUUGGUUUUUAAGACAGUCGAAGGACCACGCUUUACCAAGGGAUAUUCAUUUACAUUGGCGAGUGCGAUCUGUCUGAUUGCGACGGCGCAUUUGAUCCAGUACUUUCUCAAACGGGAAAGGCACGUUUCUCACUCCAGUGUCCGAAUUGAGUAA